AUGGGAGAUAAGAAAAAUCCAACAAAAGUUGGUGGAGAAAGCCCAAGAGAAGAUGCAACAAGAAGGGUUUUUCCAUGCCUAUUUUGCUCAAGAACAUUUUACAGUUCUCAAGCUUUAGGAGGGCACCAAAAUGCUCACAAAAAAGAGAGAACAGCUGCAAGGAGAUCCCAAAAAUAUUCUCAACCUUCUCCAAAUCCACCACCUAUGGCUUUUGCACCAACACUACACCAACUUGGGGUUUUCAAUAGUAACCCUUCAAUGUUCAUCACUGCCCAUGCUGCUAAUCUUCAUUGUCUUCAAAACAAUCAAAUACAUGAACAGUUUGGAUCAAAUAAUGGUGCACCUAGAUUUGGAAACUAUCCAUUUCUUCAGGGAAGAAGAAUUUCAAGCAAUAGUAAUGGGUUUUCUGAUGGUGAUGGUGAGAAAGGGUAUUGUGGUAAAUGGCAAAGUAGCAUAAGAAGCAGUAAUAGUAAUGUUGGGAUUAGAAGAGAGAAAGAGCACAAACUUGAUUUGUCUCUUCAUCUGUAG